AUCUGCUCUCGAAAGCUGUGACUCUUCAUCCUUUCAUUAUGAAGACCCAGGGGAUUGCUUACUUAGCAUACACCAGAGGCAAUGGGUAGGGUGAGCAGUCACUGCAGCCAGAAAACCCCAGUACAGAGCACAGGCAAUUACCCUCCACAUGCAGAGACUUUGGAGCUGAAUUGUGCUGAAUAGAGAACCCCUCCAGCUGAGAGCCAUGUGUGCCUGGGAAGAGCAGCCACUUUCACUCCGCUGAAAAGCAAUGCAACUGUAAGUUCCCUGGAACGGUUGCUGUCGUUUUGGUCCAUGCUCACAGAGACCUUAGCAUGAACACACCGGUGAGGAGAACUGCUUCCAGGUCUGGGUGGACAUGAACCUGAGUGGAGCCUGAACGCCGUUAAAGCCACACUGACUAACAAAACUUUUAAAAUAUGACUACAGUAAGGAUUUUAACUCCACAAUGCUGCCAUGCUGGGAUGUGACAGGCUUCCUACCCAGGUCUGGAAGGAGAGGGGGCUGCAUGACAGCUCAGAUGUUUCAUAGGAAACAUCAUCCAGCCACAGUCCCGGGGGCAGAGGCAAGCAGAAGGAUGCAGCACUUGAACCACAACUCCCAUGAGAUGGUGUGAUGCCAUUUUGAAAAGAAAAAUCUCCAAGGGAUGGAUGUCUACUUGAAACCUCAGAUGAUUUUCCGAGUAAAUGAUUCAUCUUUUAGAAGAAAGUACAUUUGAUUGAAAAUGCAGGUUUUCAUCAAAGAUCAGUACUGAUGGAAAUUACCAGGUGGUUGAUGAUGUUAGGAAUAAAUAUAAACCCAGAUGAAGAGCGGCAUAAGCAAUGGAAGGACCAACCCCAGAGCCUGUGUACGUUGACGUGGACAAGGGACUGACAUUAGCAUGUUUUGUCUUCCUCUGCCUCUUCUUGAUUGUGAUGAUUAUUCGCUGUGCAAAAGUUAUCAUGGACCCUUACAGUGCCAUCCCUACGUCUACAUGGGAGGAGCAGCAUCUAGAUGACUGAAAGGACUUCACUAGACAGAGCCAUAAAAUGCUGCGAUCCAGGAGGCCUUUUCCCACCUGGAAGGCUAACACACAAACAGCCAUUUUCAGAUAUGCAGGGCAACGGCAAUAUCUCUAAGAGCACAUAGUGUAAAUGACUCUUGCUCAACAGAUCAGGAUAUCAGCAAGCCAUUCUGGCAGCACAGUUUAAUACUAUGCAGCAACCCUUAUUUUAAUGAAAACAGUUAUCAUUGUAACUCAAUUAGCACAAGACUCUUCGGAGUUUUCCUAAUGUAACUCUUGGUCUAGCACAGUUUGUCCUCCCCUCAAUAUCUCCUGCAAAUCCAGGGUAACCAUCAGAAUCUGGAAAAGCAACAAGAACAUUUUGUCUUUCCUGGAAAUAGAUUGCUUCAAAUAUCUUCCUCAGUCAUUAUAUUUGUGUUUCAAAAAAGGCCCAGAUUUUAUAAUUAUGUAUCCCAGAGCAUCAUUAAGUAGAAGCACUAAAGCACCCCUGGUUAAGUAGGGUUAUACAAGCAGAUCUAUUCUCGACUCACUUGGUUCUGCACAUACACUCCCUACCCCACUGCAGCCAUAUUUCCAGCGAACAGGAUACAGAAGCUCUCAGACUACAGUUCCCAAGGGGGUCAUGGACUACUGCUGACCCUGUAGCACCACCUCACUCUAUCUUACUCAAACUAGGCAUAUCAUCUGCUACGGGUCCAUGGAUUAGCCAGAUGUGUCAGACCACUUACUAUGAGCUUGGUAGCCCCCAGAAGUCCAUGGAGCAGAGCUUGGACACUGCUGGUUUCAACUACAUAGAACUUGUGGAGAUUUUCAAAGAGUGAUUCCACAUGCAACUUCAUCCAUCUUUUGUUUCAGGUGCACUUCAGUGGGAUGAGACACGAAUACAAUGAUAAAGACAAUAAGCAAAGAGACAUUGCUCCUAGCUUUGUCACUCAGACAGACUCCGCAGCGUAACAGUUACAGUAACAUACAAUAAUAUGCGUUCUACCUCGGAGAAAUUCAGCACCUUUAAAAGAAGAAUUUCCCCACAAAUUUGUAAGGUAAAUAGCUGUAUGUUUCCUUCUCUCGAUUCAUUAAGACAGCCGUUAUGCAAGAAGGCAUAAGUGAACAUGGGAGCUUUGGAAAUUUAUUAUUUACCUUUUGAAGAGUGGGGACGGAGGGAUUCCCAUGUCCUCUACUCCCCAAAUUCUAAGGUUUGCUCACAGCUGCCUUUUUUAGUGACUACAUGUUUGGCUUAUGGGAUUGUAAGGAGCUGCUGAAGCAAUAAGGAGAAGGUACUGCAAGCACAACAGGCAUCAUGAGCGGACAAGACUUGGAAGCACAAAUCUGCAAGAAGGGCGUUUCACUAUUUCUCCUCUUCCUUACUAUCCUAUCUGACCUCUAGGUUCUUGCCAUAAGACAAUGCACAGUGGGUGAGAAAGGUGGAACCAAAGGUUGUAGUGAGGAAUCAGGACGUAGGCUUUGUAGGUUACUAUUCUCAGCUCUGACAGAUUUGUUUGACGAUCACAUAAGUUACUUCUUUAUGUGCCUCAGUCUACUCAUCAGUGAGAUGGGUACAACGAUAUUAAUUUGUCUUACACUGUUUUGUCUGUCCCAUAACACCAGAAAGCACUUGGAGAGCCUUAGAUAGGGACACAGAAAUAAGGUACUGAUUUACAACUCUUUCUUGCAAAACUAAUGGGGAAGGUCUGAAUCUUAGUAUACAGCAAGGGAAGUUCUUCCCAGGCAGAGGACUUGUCCAGACCUUCAUUUACUCUCUUAUUAAGAUGGCAGUAUUUUGAGUCAUGCCAAAUGGCACCUGGCUUUGUGAAAUAUUCCACUGAUUUCUGAGGACAGUCUGGAUGUAAGGCGCUCAGCACUGUGAUUACAGAGAUCCCAAAAUAGCAGGCUAUGAGGCGCGUGGAGAUUUUUGCAUGGAUUUUUUGCACUGCACAAUUUUUGCUAAUCUCUGUUGUAGGAGAUCCCAUUUGGGAGGCAGGAGAUUUGAGGAUUGGCUUUAAUCCUGCUAUUGUCUAGCAGGAGACCUC